CGUUCAACAGUUUGCUCAACACCCAGCUUCUCUUCAGACACUUCCACAUUCUCUGAUAUCCCAAAGCAGUCUAUAGCCCAUCAACAAACAUCAAGAUGCGUCCAUCGGCGGUCCUUGCAACCCUUUUGCUCAGUGCUUCGGCUCUGGCCAUCCCUCUCACCAAGAACAAUGGUGCCAAACUCAGCAGCGCUCUUGAGGCGCUCAAGCGAGACGUGGCUGCGGUCGAAGGCAUGAUGAUCAAAGAGCGCCAGGUCGACUUGGACCCGGUCACCGAUCUUCUCGGCGAUAUCCUUAGUGACGUAACGAGCCUCCUGUCCGGUCUUCCAAGCACGCUCGACAAGGUUGAGACGACCCUCAACGGUAUUGUCAGUGGUGCAGUGACCGAUGUUACCGGCAUCGUGUCCGAAUUGACCAGCAUUCUCACCCAACUGGAGUCCAUCGUCAGCGGUGUGACUUCUUCAGUGUCGCUUACCAGUGUUUCCAGCGACUUGAGCAGCGUUAUCGCCCAGGUUGAGUCGCUCCUCAGCACCGCCGAGGGCCUCACCACCACCGUCGACACCAGUGGUCUUGUCUCAGACGUCGAAUCCGUCCUUCAGUCAAUCUUGACGGAACUCAACAGCCUCGCAUCUACUGCCACCUCUGCCGUUAGGGUUUAAGCAUCUUAUGCUUGCGCAUGACAACGAGAUGGUCAAGCCAAUGGCCUAGCCUUUGAUGAACAGGCUGCAACCUUGGCUCUUUAGUUUGGGAAAUACUGUUUUGUCAGCGGAGUUUCUCAUCGGGUUCUUUUCUGCGGAGUCAGGGAGCAAUCGAAGGCGCGUUGCUUAAGGGCACGCUUCAUCAAGUGCCUUGCUAGUCGAAAGGGUUGAUGGAAGCUUGGGAUCCCAUUCCGAUGUGACUGCGAUAACACAUCAAGUCACCAGAAGUGUAGUUCAUAGUUCAUUUUAAUCAACAGUUGACAGUAAAAGACUUGCAACUCCCGUCCAACUUG